AAAAAGUAAAUUGAAUAAUCGCUUUUCUUAAAAUAAAUAUUUUUCUGUGUGUAUGUAUGCGAUUUGCUAUUCAAAACGCGGAAAAUUCGCGCGGCACAUACACUCUGAAGCGCGGCGCGGACGUAACUUAUCGCCGCGGCGGGUGGCGCGUUAAGUUGGCUGCGAUCGCGAUCUUCGUCCCGCGCGACGCCAUGUUGCAAGACGCCACCGUCACGACUCGCGAGUCCCGAGCGGAUCGUAGAUUUUCUCGCCUGUGUCUCUUCGCCGUUAACCUCUCGUGCACGUGCCACGCCGCGUGUUGUUACCAGCAUCGAAAGAAGCACGCAUUUGAUCAGGGAAAUCCGUGGAGAUACGUGCGUUUGAAGCGUGUUCGACGCGAUCGUGGAAACUAACCAACUUUUACUCUCUCGUCUCGAUGAAGCGCGCGUGUGACCGACACCCGGCGUCGGGGACGACGAAGCGUGAAGUGUCGCGCGAUUGUCGUAUUCUGAAAAUUAGUUCGCGAAUAAUUAAUUAGUCGUGAUUCCGCGGGUGAAUGUCAAUACGUGAGUGCCGACUGCCUACAAAGGAACGACAACGGAGAGGAGCAGAAGGUGGCGGAGAAGGAGGAAGAGGAGGAGGGGGAAGCCUUGGAGGCAUCGGUGGAGCAGCAAAGGAAUGAAACCGACGGUCGGGGAAAAGGAGAGUGAGGUGGCUCGGGAGGCAUCAGGCGUUGCAGCAACGAUGUGAAGCGGGGAUUGCACGCGGCCAAGAUGGAACGGUGGAUCGUGCACACGAUGGUGCUGCAGAUCCUCGUCGCCGUCGCUCGUGCUACCGAGGAUUUUCGCCACAUCUCAUACGAAGAUUUAGCGGAGACCAGCACCUUUCAACAAGAGGGGGUCACAACUUAUUCUCAGCUCCUUUUCGACGUGGCGCGACAGCAAGUCGUUGUCGGAGCACGGGAUAAUUUGUACCGCUUGACGCUGACGUCGCUGACAGCCCUGGAGCACGCCUCCUGGUCCGCGCCGGAGGACAAGGUCAACACCUGUCAGAAUAAGGGCCAGAGCGUCGAGGAUUGUCAUAAUUACGUCAAGGUGCUCCUGAGCAACGGCAAGAGCCUCUUCACCUGCGGCACUUACGCGUUCAGCCCAUGGUGCACGUGGCGACAGAUCGAGAACAUAACGAGCGUGACCAGCGAGAUGUCGGGCGUGGCCAUGUGCCCGUACUCGCCGCAUGCAAACGCCACGGCACUUCUCUCGAGGGGUCCUUCCGGCGGACUCUUCGCCGGCGCGCGAACCGAUUUCUCCGGGGCCGAUCCUGCGAUCUACAGAACACUGGCCUCCCCGAAUCUCAGGACUCAACAAUACGAUUCCAGGUGGCUGAACGACCCACAGUUCGUAGGCAGCUUCGAGAUGGAGGAUCACGUGUACUUUCUAUUUCGCGAAUCCGCCGUGGAAUACAUCAACUGCGGCAAGAAAAUAUAUUCGAGGAUAGCGAGGGUCUGCAAAAAUGAUAGAGGUGGGCAGAUUAUGAUGAAAAGCGUAUGGACGACUUUUAGUAAGGCCCGCUUAAAUUGUUCUCUCCCCGGCGAGUUUCCAUUCUAUUACGAUGAGAUCCAAGGCGCGGUCUAUCAUCCAGAAGAGAGGAUCAUUUACGCGACCUUUACAACUCCCAUUAACGGCAUUGCAGGCUCGGCUAUCUGCGCGUUCAACAUGUCGGCCGUCCUCGCUAGUUUUAACGGACCUUUCAAGUAUCAGGAAAAUGCGGGCGCCGCUUGGGAAAAGAGACCAGUCGCCCAUCAUAAUCGUCAACACUGCGGACCUCCAUCCAGCAACGCACCGCACCAGAUCAUGGACAGUCACCGGUAUCAACUGAUGGACGAGGCGGUGCAAAGUACGAUGUUAGAGCCGCUGCACACCGCAACCCUCGAGCGAUUUACUCACAUCGCGGUGGACGUCACCCCGACCAAGCUGCACCACAGCGUGACCGUUCUUUAUGUAGCUACGGCGACUGGUCUCAUCAAGAAAAUCUCGGUCUUGCCUAGAACUCAGGAGGCCUGCAUCGUUGAAGUUUGGGGACCCUUGCCCUCGUCACCGAUGACGUUGCAGUUCCUUAAGGACACUCAGAGCCUCUACGUUGGUAUGGAGAUUGGCGUCUUGCGCAUACCUGCCGUUCAGUGUUAUCGUCACCGGAGCCGUCAAGCGUGCUUGAACGCUCAGGAGCCGUAUUGCGGGUGGAACGAGCAUCUCAUGAAGUGCGAGCAGGCACCGAAGCAAAAUUACCUGGCGAAUCAUUGGCAUCAGGAGGUCACCAAGUGUCCGGUACUUACCGAUCCUGUUGACGGAGGCUGGAGCGCGUGGAGUCCUUGGUCGCCCUGUCAACACGGCACACGGGAUCAAUCAUCCGGACACGGUCACGCUCACUCGUACUCGCAUAGCGAAUACACGGAGAAAAUCGACACGUGUCAGUGUCAGACCAGGGAAUGCAAUAAUCCCCCGCCACAGCACGGCGGCGAGAGUUGCACGGGUACGCGUGUCAGAGUGACAAAUUGCACUGUUCACGGCGGUUGGACCGCUUGGUCAGCUUGGUCAGCCUGCUCUCAGACUUGCGGUUUUGCGAUGAAAACCCGCCGGCGAACCUGCACGAAUCCGACGCCUGCAUUCGGCGGACGCAUCUGCGUCGGGCAUGAUCACGACGAUAUCAUAUGCAUCGCUCUACCGCCCUGUCCUGUCCCGGCUAAAGUCACUCCGCCUCAAAUUGGCCAGUGGUCAACCUGGGGUCCUUGGCACGCAUGUUCGAAGCCGUGCAACGGCGGAAUACGUAUCAGAAAGAGAACCUGCGAUAGUCCGUCGUCGAAGAAGGGCGGUGUCGAAUGUCCAGGAUAUGAUCAACAGAUAGAAGAGUGUAACACUCAUGAAUGCGCCGAGACGAAAAGAUAUUCCGGAUGGACUCCUUGGUUGGCCGUGAAUGCCAGUUUACAGAACGGUAACGCAAUUUAUCUGGAGAAGCGUUUCCGAUUCAGUUGCCGAGCGCAGACAGACGAUCCGUCAAGCGUGCGCGUGCAGCUCGCCAGGGAGGAAGAACGUUUCUGCAGGAACGAUGGAUCUUGUCUAAGAGAGAAGGACGCGUAUGCGGAAUCCAUCAACGAGAAUGGCUGGGGCGAAUGGUCCUCUUGGAGCACAUGCGAUCGUCUUUGCGGAAGGGGUACCCAGCAUAGGAUAAGACAAUGCGAAUCUCCACCUUGUGAAAAUGGUCUCGCCAAGCAGAGCAGAAUCUGCAAUUCACAUCCAUGUCGCGUGAAUCCUGUUAGUAGCAAUACGGCGGAAGGUCAAUGGUCAUGCUGGACAGAGUGGUCCGAAUGCUCAGCGACUUGCGGUGUCGGAGUACGUACGAGGACGAGAGAGUGCCUCGGUCCAGAGACUUGCAGCGGUCCGAGAUUGGUCAGGGAGGCCUGCGAUAUGCCCAGUUGCGAAUCGCUGGCCGGUUGGGAUACGUGGUCGCUUUGGACCCGUUGCGACGGUGAUCAUCAGCAGCACCGAAAACGAACGUGCCUCCACCAUGGACCAGACAUGUGUCAGGGACCAAGCCGCGAGACACGAGAUUGUCUUCUUGACUGCACAGAUAACGAUGUAAACGCCUUACCUUCGAGCGUGGAGAAUUCGGGCGUCACGGUAGGCGCAGUGGUAGGCAGCUGUGCGAUCAGUUUUAUCAUCGGCCUGGCCUUAACCGCGGUAUUGUGCUUCUACUAUUUGAAGCGACGCAAGCCGAGCAUUCCAGGGAGUCCGCAUUAUAUUAAUAAACAGAAUUCUUAUGUCAUCGUACCGUUGAAGGAGGUGAACGCGAAACGACAGCCGAGUUUUUCGGGCAGUACCAACGGGAACGGUACUCUGCGCGGCAAGAACAAUCCUAAUGUCAAUGGCCUCGGCAGCCCCAAGUUAUAUCCAAAGAGUCUCGAUUACGAAUCUGCUACCUUGAAGCGUAACAGUCACGGCCAACACAUUCGUGCUGAUCUCGAUCAGGACAAGUACUAUUGAACAAGGUAACUACGCGUUGGGAAUCGCGUAUCAGCAUUGUUUAGAUGGUGAUCUGUGUUCUGGUCUUUUCAAACACGUGAUUUUUUCGUGUGAUUUAUUUGUACAAGUGAGUCGCGGGUAACAUUGCCAGCCACGAACGCGAACUCAUUUCACGCAUUUGGCAGCUAUAUGUAAAUUUGAUCGAUUAGCGUUCGAUCAACAUUAAAGUGGCAAGUGUGAAGACUGAUUUCCUAUUACAGGAAGCAUGUAUUUACUUAAUUAAGCUAAGGCGAUAUCUUUGACGUAAAAAUGACGUACAUACGAUCGAUUAAGUAAACGCCUGUCUAUAAGACUAUGCCUUUUUAGUAUUAAGUAAGUGAUAUGUGUUCUUCGACGUAUUCGAGAGUUAAUGACGCUACGAUUAAUGACGCAAACUAGUUGACGAAAUUGUUCAAUUAGGAGCGAUGAAGAUUCAGAGAUUUCGAAAGGAAUAUCAUAAGAUACUUGUAAGUAAUAUCGAGUAGCAUUUUUAAUGCGUCGUUUAUCGGGCGACGCAAUAACUCAUCGAAUCGUAAGGAGAAAACCGUUGUUUCGAAAAUGUUUCUAAGAGUUUAUUUUUGUUUCUGUACAUAUCCGUGAAAAAGAGACAGAGAUUGCGAACGGAUGAAAUCGAGAAUCAAUCCCGCUUACGAUUGGGCAUUCGACUUUGACUCAUCUGUAUAUAAAGUUUUACGAUUUCUCAUGGGAAUGAAUUUUCAUAUAUUUUAUGUAUUUGUAAUAUCUGUAAAAUUGUAUGCAUGCAAAGUAAUGAGAGAAAAGAGAAAACUGCAUAUAUCAAACUUACGCUCGGUCUGCCAAGGAUUGAUGGAUUGAUUUACAUAUAUAUAUAAUUGUUGUACAAAUACAAAAUUUAUUAUGUAGGUUUGUCUGAAGAUAUAUUCGGGAAAGAGUCCAUCUCUUUUGUUUUUUAUUUGAAAGAAAUAUCGAAUUUUAUACCGAUAACGUAGUGCCAUGAUACGGAGUUGUACAUAAAAAAUGCAUCUUCUUAAACAUAGCUUUAUGAAUGAAGCGAAUGCGUAUAUUAUGUAAGAAUACCUCGCGCGAUGAUUGCGUUUAUAUUGGCUCAUAUUGAGUCGAGUGCGAAUUACGUUUAUGCAUGCGACUACUGAAAUGAUUCUCCUUGCCUGGCUCAAGAAGAAAAUUAAAUCCUUUUUGUUUGAAACUUGGAAGAAUCGUUGAUGUCUUCCAGAACUUAAGAGUUUAAUCAUGUUAAUUGCCUCCCGCAAGCUUAUGUAAAUCCGUCAUGGAAAAAAAUGUGAGUUAAUGAUAUAUGAGGUAAGGUCACGAAAUUUAUGACGUAAUAAUGCUUGAGGUUGUUAAACAUCGGAUAAAUUAUUAUUAUCAAGGUCACAUGUAUAUGCAAGUAAUGAAUACUGUACCCAAUUGCAUUUAUCCUGCGCACUUGUUUGUAAUAAAGAUAAGAUUCUUUUUUUA